AUGUCGAAUGUAACUUCUCAGUUUUCUUUAACGGGAGUAAAAAUCUUUUGGUUUGCUUUUUAUGCCUUUUUGAUCAUCUCCACAGUUCUUGGGAAUGUUUUAGUAUGUGUUGUUAUACUAAAGAAUCGAAAUCUACGAACUCCAUCAAAUUAUUUUCUCGUCAAUAUGAGUUUCAGUGACAUGCUUAUUUGUCUGUUUUCUAUUCCGAUGUCCAUGAUAUUUUUAUCUCAUCAUGAAACGUGGUCAUUUGGAGAACAUCUAAACAUCGCUGCUGAUUCCAUUUGGUUUGGUUUUACACUAUUAGCUUUCAUAAACAUCACACUUAUUGCAUGCGAAAGGUACAUAGCUAUCACACGCCCAUAUUCGUAUGAAACAAUCAUAACGAAACCACGUUCAGUUUUUUGUUGCUGUUGUGCGUGGCUUUACAUGGCAGUCCUAAUAUUUGGUUUAGUGCAAUUCACGUUCAGAACUCCAAAAGAGACCUAUACUUUUCUUAUACCAGGCUAUGUUUAUUAUAUUGUACUCUAUUCACACGUAACAAUUGCUUUCACAGUUGUUCCCUUUUUGUAUUACAAAAUCUUCCUGGUGGCAAAAAUACACAAGUUAAAAAUUUGUCGACAAACUCGAUGGAAAAGGCAGAAAUAUUUUUACUUGCAAAUGAAAGCUGUGCGGACAAUUUUUCUGGUGACUCUGCUUUUUGUAAUCGUGUGGUUGCCGUUUCUUGUGAAGCAAUGGUUUGCCCUAGAUGAUAUUUUUGAUGGGAAUUGGAGUAUAAACAACAGCAUUACAACAAGCAUAACAUAUUGUAAUGGUGCUGCAAAUUUCUUUGUGUAUUAUUUUCGGGAUGCUAUGAUACGCCAGACCUUAAUUAAAAUAUUCAAAUGCAAAAACUUAGUUCUAAGUGGUUCUAAUAGGCAAGCUUGUUCCGAAAUAUGAUACGGGAAAAAAAAACACGUUUGAC